AUGGUGAGCACUCAAAUGAUACAUACACUCUUCCCUGUCGGGACUGAAAGUAUCACGCAACUGAGCUCCCGGCACCCACGUCUCUUACUUUUGAGAGAAAAAAGUCACGAAUACGGAAGAGAUAAUUUUUUCACGUUACGUCUCUACCUUCCGCGUGCCAUUAGCAAAUGUCAGGUCCAAUAUUCACUGUAUCAGCAAACCCAGGAAAAUCACAAUGAUGAGAUAUUUUGCGCCCUAUUAACCCGUCGGCAGACACACAACAAUGAUUUCCGCGUCGUUAUCGACAUAGUGAACGUUAUAGGUAAUCAUAUAAAAGGACAUUCAUUUCUUCCAUUGCUUCAUUCGCUGCAACUCCUAGCAAAUUCAAUCAUCAAAAUGUUUAAGGUAACCAUCGCCGCCUGUGCCCUUCUGAUUGCCACCGUCUCUGCGACUCCUUUUAGGGAUUGUGGAUCUACAUCAACAUUAACCGCUGUGCGUGUUCCUGGUUGUGAGGUACUACCCUGCAUCGUCUACCGUGGAACCAACGUCUCCGUCGAGUAUGAUUUCGUAUCAGCUGUUUCUACUAACACGUUGACGACAGACGUGAAGGGCGUUAUUGGUGGCGUAUCUCUUCCUUGGCCUGGUAGAUUUCCUCCUGCUUGCGAGGACGUAAAAGUUGGUGACUGCCCUGUGGCAGUGGCUGAGCCCAUUACCAUGUCAACCCUUCUAGUUCUAUCUCCUGCCUUCCCUUCGGUCAAUGCUAAAGCCAUCUGGGAACUUCGCGACGAUAGUGAUAGCACUCUUGUUUGCUUCGAAGUCACUGUCAAACUUCUAUAAAUCAAGGGAUCCACAUCUUCUGCCGAAGGCAUUACGGUUAACUUCAUAGAGUGUUUUCUUACAUGCAUGUCAAGGUUUCUUUAAGAUUCAUGCGAUUUUAAUAAAUUUCAACGAGUUCCUUGAAA